AUGAAGUCGGGGGACCACGACUGUACCAUCGUCUUCGGCGACGACGCGAGCCUGAAGGCGGGCUGCGCGGUGCGCCGGGGCGCCCUGCUGCCGGCGAAGCGCCAGGGCCGACCAACUCGCCCGUUGUUCCCUCUGAAGCUCGCCAGGCACGAGCAGCUGUGCAACGAGGCGGUCGCCGACGCGGGCCUGUCCAGGCUCCGCGUCACCCCGCGCCGUGCCCGGCGCGGCGGCCCCAGCGCCGACGCAGCCAGAGUCCGAGGGGAUGCGUUCAUAAAAAAAGGGGCCUCUAGAGAUCGGCCACGAGCGUCAGAAGGUAUGAGAAGCAUGGCACUCUCAUGA